GAGCACACAGCUCAGUGCUGCUCUGUUACUGUGGAUGGAUUCGCUCACUGUGGUAUUUGUGCUUUAUAGUUUAUAAAAGACUCAAGAAUGGAAGGAAGAGCAGUAAAAGAUGAUUGUUGACAGCCUUACAGAGUUACAUUACAUAAGUUAUCUUCAGCAUCCAGGCACACAGCUCAGUGUGACCUCCUCCCUCUUCCUGCUGAAAUCGAAACUAAAUAACUUGUUUACCUCAGAGCUCAGCCUCAGUGCAGCGACGGAGUCCUGACUUAUUGUGGCGUAUUUUCAGUUGAAAGAUAAACAAUAGAACAGCUGCACCCAGUUUGGUUCCUUCCUCUCCAGAGAUCAACGCCUGUAUGUAACAGGUUGCAAACUGACAGGCAGAGAAUGUCAAGUUAUUCUGCAGACUUCACCAGAGGGAGGAGAGCAGCCAAACCCAGGAAGCCAAACAAGCGCGAACAAAAACAGCUUCAAGAUAAGUGAACGUGGAUCCGAGGGAGGAUCAGCCUCUUCUGCAGCCAGUUUUGUUUCUGUGAAGAGUGACCGCUCCAGAGAAUAUCCUCCAGAUUCAAGCACUGAAUCCAGACCUUCACAAACAGGAUUGAUGGAAGUCAAGAAGAUGAGUACAUCUGAGGAAGAACCAGCAUCUUCUGCAGCCAGUUUUGUUUCUAUGAGGAGUGACCACUCCAGAGAAUAUCCUCCAGAUUUAAGCACUGAAUCCAGACCUUCACUAACAGGAUUGAUGGAAGUCAAGAAGAUGAGUACAUCUGAGGAAGAACCAGCAUCUUCUGCAGCCAGUUGGGUUUCUGUGAGGAGUGACCACUCCAGAGAAUAUCCUCCAGAUUUAGGCACUGAAUCCAGACAUUCACAAACAGGUGGGACGACUACAUCAAGGAAUCAUCAGAACCAGGACACCCUGAAGGGGUUUGAAUCUAAAGCCGUGGCAUUUUUAAGGAAAGCUCUGAGAACCGAUAAGAAGGUCCUUUCUGGAAAACAAAAAGGAUUGUUGCAGGAGGACGUACUUGAUGGUCAACUGGUUGAGUCUGACAAUGAAACAAAUGAAGCAGCUCUGAAGUUUGCCCUCCAUAUCUUGAGGACCAUGAAUGAAGAUGAACAGGCUCACUCACUUGAGCAAAGUCAUUACGGAGAGCUUACCAUGUACCGAAAGAAACUCAGAACUUUCCUGAAGAGGAAAAAUGAAUUCAUAAUGGAUGAGAUAAACUCACAGCAGUUGCCUGUCCCUCUUAGAAAGAUUUAUACAACACUCUAUCUGUUAGAGGGGGACAGUGGAGAGGUCAACAAUGAACAUGAAGUGAGACAAAUUGAGAAAGCUUUCAACAAACGGAAGUCUUCAGACACUCCGAUCAAGUGUGAAGACCUCUUCAAGCCCAACCAACAAGACAAACCCAUCAGAACGGUGCUCACCAGGGGGAUAGCAGGCAUUGGUAAAACUGUGUUGGCACAGAAGUUCAUGCUGGACUGGUCAGAGGAGAAGGUCAAUCAAGACAUCCAGCUCCUGUUUUCACUUCCUUUUAGGGAGCUAAAUUUGAUUAAAAAUGAAAGAAGAAGUUUGAUGGAGCUGCUAUAUGACUUCUCUCCAGGGCUGAAAGAAUCUGGAAUCAAAGACCUGACAAUGUGUAAAGUUCUGUUUCUACUGGAUGGUCUCGAUGAGUGCAGACUCCCUCUGGAUUUCAAAAGAAAUGAGAGGUGCUGUGAUGCUACACAGCCAGCAUCAGUCGAUGUGCUGCUGACAAACCUCAUUGCAGGUAACUUGCUACCAAAAGCGCAUCUCUGGGUAACUACUCGACCUGCUGCAGCCAGCUGUAUCCCUCGAGAGUAUGUAGACCGCGUGACUGAGAUACGAGGCUUCAACAACCUGCAGAAGGAGGAGUACUUCAACAAGAAAAUCGAUGAUGAAAACUUAGCCAGAAGAGUGAUCGCAAACAUAAAGUCGACAAGAAGUCUCUACAUCAUGUGCCACAUACCGGUGUUUUGCUGGAUUUCGUCUAUUGUCCUGGGAGAAAUGUGCGCCAAAGCAGGUGGAGGAAAAAUGCCAAAGACUUUGACUCAGAUGUACAUCUACUUCCUGGCACAUCAGACCACUCAGAAGCAUGUCAAAUACAGCGAAGAGCAAGAACUGGACUCCCAAGGGAAUAGCAAAUUGAUUAUGUCACUUGGAAAGUUGGCCUUCCAGCAGCUGGAGAAAGGCAACCUGAUCUUCUAUGAGGACGAUCUUAAAGAAUGUGGUAUUGAUGUCAAAACAGCGUCUGUCUACUCAGGAGUGUGCACUCAAGUCUUUAGAGAAGAGUCCUGCAUGCAGCAAAAAGUCUUCUGCUUUGUUCAUCUGUCUGUCCAAGAGUUUCUUGCAGCUUUGUACGUCCAUGUGAUGUACAAGGUCAAUCGUGUAAACCUGAUGAUCAAAGAACAGAUGGCCCGAGCCAGGCCUGUAUCUGAACUGCACAAAACUGCAGUGGACAGAGCCUUACAAAGUCGCAACGGCCACCUGGAUCUCUUCCUGCGUUUCCUCCUCGGACUCUCUCUGGACUCCAGUCAGGUUCUGCUCAAAGGCCUGAAGAUUCAGGUAGAAACCUGCAACUCCCAAAGUCAUGAGGAAACCAUCAAGUUCAUCAAGGAGAAAAUAAGUCAGACUUGUCCUCUAGAGAAGUACAUCAAUCUCUUCCACUGUCUCAAUGAGUUAAAUGACCACUCUCUGGUGGAGGAGAUCCAGAGCCACCUGGACUCACACAGAGACUUGGUGAUGGGCAAAAAUUCUGCAGCUCAGUGGGCAGCUCUGGUCUUUGUGUUGCUGACCUCACCGGAGAAGCCAGAGGAGAUCCAGCUGAAGAAAUACUCCAGAACAGCAAAAGGCCUUAACAUGCUCCUACCAGCCAUCAAAGCAUGCAGAUCCGCCAUGCUGAAUGAUUGCAAUCUCACUGCAGACUGCUUAGAGGUGCUGUCCUCCACGCUCAGCUCAAGCUCUAAUGAGCUGAAUCAUUUAGAUUUAAGUGAUAACAACAUACAAGACUCAGGAAUCAAGCACCUCUGCAAGGGACUACAAAGCCCAAACUGCAGACUGAAGACGUUGAGGCUGAACCGAUGCAAUCUCACUCAGAGAUGCUGUGAAACUCUGGCUUCAGUCCUGAGCUGUCCAUCAUCACAUCUUAGGGAGCUGGACUUGAGUGACAAUGACAUUGAAGACUCUGGAGUGCAGCUGCUCUGCAAUGGACUGGCAAAUGUGUGCUGUAAACUGGAAACCCUCAGGUUGUCGUUCUGUAACAUCACAGAGAAAGGUUGUCGUUUCUUGGCCUCGGCAGUGAAGUCCAACCCAUCCCACCUGAGUGAACUGGAUCUGAGCUACAAUCACCUUGGAGAGUCAGGAGUGAAGCUCAUCUCUGAAGCUCUGGAGGAAGGACGAUGUGAAGCUAAACUCAGAGUCGACCACAAUGCCAAAAACUGGUAUAAACCAGGACUGAGACAAUAUGCAUGUAAGCUUACAAUGGAUCAUAACACCGCUCACAAACGUCUCAUCCUCUCUGACGAGCCCCCAACAAUUACCCAGGGCAGCGAGGAGCAGCCAUAUCCCGAUCACCCUGACAGGUUUGACUACUGGUUCCAAGUCCUGUUCAACGAGGGCCUGACAGGCCGCUAUUACUGGGAGGUGGAGUGGGAAGGAAAAUGGACAGCGAUCGGUGUGACCUACAAGGGCAUCAGUCGCAAAGGGCCAGAAAAUGACUGUGUGAUAGGCUACAAUGGAAUAUCUUGGAGUCUGCACUGUUCUCCUAAAGGCUACCGGGUGUAUCAUAACUUCGAGAGCAUCGUCCCUUGUGUCCCUCUGGCUGAUUCCUGUCGACUGGCUGUGAAUCUGGACUGGGAGGCCGGCAUCUUGUCCUUCUACAGAGUUUCUUCUGGAAGGUCGCUGACACACCUGCACACCUUCUUCACCAAAUUCACUGAGCCUCUCUACCCAGUUUUCAGAGUGUGGGGGAAGGGCUCCUCAGUGAGGCUGUGUCAGGUGAAAGAAUAGAAAAAAAAGACUGAAUGAGAGAUGCACGCUAUUCACCGAUGAUUGGUUGUCUUCUGAUCAAAGCAAUCAGAGUGAUCAGUUUCACCAUUUAUAUUGAACUGUAUUAAGUGCUUUAAAUUUGAUAUGAAGACAAAACGUCUAGACACUACUCCACAGUCCAAAAGGUUCAAUGUUUAUAAAUAAAAAUACAUAUAUGUUACACAUGGUCUAGGAAUAGUUUUUUUUCUAUCUCACUGAAUAUGCCUUACUUAUCACCAUACCUGUUGAAACAUUGUUAAUUGAUAUAAUUGCUUAUUGUCGCUAAAUAGUUACUAUGAUAUUAGAAAAGUUUCUUAUGCAGUAGCCAUACAUUGUCAUUAUAUUUUACUGUAUUUGUUUUACUGUAUUUUACUCAUUUAUGUGGUGUUACUGAGCUGCGACAUACUAGACCUUCAUGAGAUAAUAUCAAAAAUGUCUAGUACUUGUUUUUGCUGGCAUGCGUGAGAAAUUGGUGAAAUUGCGUAUUUAAGUUUGACCUGCAGAAACCCUGUAUAUUUUAACUUCUAUGGAUUCAGUAGGUGGUUUGCUAAGUUGAAGCUAGCUGUUGCUACAGUAAGUGCUGAGUUGCUAUGUUGCUGAGGUGUUAUUAGGGGGCUUUAGGGAUGGUGUUCAGGGUGGUUGGUAAGUGAUUGAGGGAGAAAUCCACAGUUUAGUCUGGUAAUUCCCAGAGGAGAAAGUUAAAUUCUUGAUCAAUGUAUUUUCAAUCAAAUUUAACAGAAAUGUUACAUUUGUGUAGAUAUUUUGCUUAUUUUUUGAGUUUUCAGUUUGAGUUGUUACUUAUUUUAUUUGUUUAUUCAUUUAUCUUUUAUUUAUAUAUCGCUUUAAAACUCAAGUGGAUGGAGUCCACACCACAACUAUUAAAUGCUUAUUUAUACAAUUUUUGGCUGCAAAUUACACAUAAAAAACAUAAUUUUACUUAAGACUGCGGACUGUCUUUGGUGUUGAUGGGGUCUCUGAAGUCCUUACUGAUGCUUACUCAACUCUUGAGUGUUGGAUUUGGGGCACAAUUAAUUGUAAUAUUAUCCAAAUAUGGCCAAAUUACACGAAGCUACAAUUUUUGAUGAAGGUGAAAAGUGUAAUAUUGUGUUGUGUAAUAUGAUGUUUUUACCAUUCUCAGUAAACUGGUGAAGCUAAAUGUCAUCAAAAUGAUUCUUUUUCUACUUUUUAAUAUUUGUUUUUUUGUUAUAUAUAUUUCUUUUUGCCAUUAUUACAGCUGGAAAUAGACAAGAGGGGGGACUGACAUUGCACAACCCUACCUAAGUUACUUUUCUAAAUAUAUAUUUUAUAGUUAAUUAUAUAUAUAUUAUAUACUUGUACUUGCCAACCUUCUCCUGUUCUUGUUGUUCCUCCCAUAAAAUGUAGCUCGAUUAAAAUGGUUUUUUUUUUUUUUAUUUAUGCCUAAAUACUGGUAAUAUUCAAAGUUUUAAUGUAUACUUUUAAUGAAAUUAGGCUGAUGGAAUAAAAAUUACAGUUUAAUAACAUACAAAGAUUAUCGAAACGUUCUUGAUGGUGCCACCAGAUGGCGCCAGAGUCAGAAUUUUAAUAUUCUGCUCAUGAUGACAAAUAUUUUCAAUGUUACCCAGAACCCAACGUUUUAUCUUCUGUGUGAACAACAGAUAAAACGAGAUUUGAAGGUUAUUUAAUUCAGAAUGAGGUGAAAAGAUGUGACAUUUGUACAUAGUAAAUAAUCCAAUUCUGUUGAUCUACUGCAGUUAAUCCUGUAUAUUUACCAACCUGUAAUUUUUAGGGUUACUGAUUGUUUUUAUACUUAUCUGUUUGCAUUGGUCUAUGUUGAAUAAUAAAAAAAAAAAUUGAAUAAAAGUAACUUUGUUAAAUAUUA